AUGUUGGUGCAGUAUGAGGAGAGCCAGGGCAGUGCCAUGUUCAUUUCCCACCAGUGGGCUGGCUCAGAUCACCCCGAUCCCUUUUUCGAACAGUUCAAGGUGUUGCAGGAAGCUUUGAAGAAGAUGAUGUCCAGUGCAACGGGCGUCUCUGCAAAUAUCUUCGUUGAGCUCAUGUACGCUGAGGACAAAACUGGGGUCACGGCCCAGGACCUCACCUCUAAGCCCCUCUUCCUUUGGUACGACUACUUCUCAUGCCCACAAGAUGAAGGAAGGGAGGCACGCGAGCGUGCUAUCAAUAGCAUUGCUAGCUAUGUGGAGAAGUGCCAGUACUUUGUCGUCUUGUGCCCCCACGUCCGCCAUGCGGAGCAAGAAGCGCUCACUAAAAGAAGCUGGGAGAGUCGGGGGUGGUGUCGCUUAGAGAGAGCAGCAGAAGGGCUGAGGCUGAAAGGAAAGACCGGCUUGACCAUCGAGGUCCACAGUCCCACCUACCAAGCCUUAGGACCCCAUUGGGACUGGCUGCGAAUUCCUGUGGGUGAGGGCCAGUUCAGUGUGGACGAAGACCGUCCGAAGCUGGCGCAAGUUCUCAGUGCCAUGUUGACAAACAAGCUCAACUAUUACCUGAUGCAGAAGGACUUCGCCAGCUAUCGCAUCCUGCUGAAUCUGCAGCGACUGCAGCUCCGCGGUCUCCCAACAUCUCCCAAAGAGGAUAUUGUCCCUGGCUUCACCUCGCAGACUAACGACCCUGCUGUGCUGGCUGUUGAGCACUUCAUGUACCAGAAUGGGUUUUUGUCGAUCCGCGACCCUGAUCUUGCGGGUUGGCCACCGAUUUGCUAUGCGGCCUUGGAUGGCAGCCCCAUGCUGAUGGCAAGUCUCUUGGAGCAAAACGCCGAUCCAAACGCCUGCAGCACAAAGUACGACGUCCUGUUCAACUUUGCACCCAGGAUGAGUGCUCUAUCAGUCUGUGUUGCGCUGAUGAACAAUGACGCCGCCCGUGUGCUACUGGAUGCUCGGGCCGAUGUUCUGGCAGAGGACGAUCUGAGACACAAUGCCAUGCAUUGGGCCGCGCUGGCGGGCAACGCAGAGGGUCUUCAGCUUCUUUACGAGCAGCGCCAGGCCGCAACGUUGGUGCCCAACAUGUUGGGUUACCUGCCAUUCAGCACAGCCUGCAUGGCUGGCUCUGUGGAGGCCACGCGGAUGCUGCGCGCAUACACGCCCAGCGCAGAGAUUGCGGGAAGCCUCCACGUGACGAUCCUUUGUGGCCGUGGAUCCGUGGAGGUAGUGGCUGAGCUCGUGGAUGCGAAAGCAGAUGUGAACUACCAGCUGCAAACACCGCUGCUUAGUCCCUUGGGCAUCCUUUUUGCUGGUAUGAGCCUCCGGCAUCGCUGGCGAGCCUCCGUCUUGAGCGCCUACGCCUACCACCAUAGCCACGCCACGCCGCUGAUGUGCAGCAUCAUUACUAGUUCCUUCGAGACCGCUGCGGCUCUUCUAGCUGUAGGAGCCCGGACAGAUCUGCGGAACAACCGCGGACAAACGGCGACCGAGUUGGCGAUAGAAAUGGGGUCGCCAGACUACGUCGUAGAGGCGCUGCAGGGUCCUGGUACAGCACGUGACAGGUUGGUAGAGACCUACGUGACAAAUGAAAUGCGGCGCACCUCCUCAGAUUGA